CAUCCCGGAAGGUGUAGUGGUCCAAAGAAGGGAAAGUCAAACAAGAAGAUUCUGAUGAUACGAAAGAAGACCUUUCACAUUAUAGAACACCAAACUCAACUUGUAUAUUGACAUUGAUUAUUGCAUCAUUGUAUUGCAAUACUCAUGGGGAAGUGUUUGUCUAAAAAGAACAACGCAGCAAAGAAAGAAGACAACGGAAAUGAUACCAAGCCAGUGGACGAGAACGAUGUGAAGAUUGAAGAAUCUGAGCCCAAGAGGUACACUCCAAACCCUCAGCCGGUUUGUCCCGUGGCGCCUGAAUCUCCUAUUCCACCUCCAUCUAAAACAGCUCACUAUUUGGCACUUUAUGACUAUGACAAGAGGACCGAGGAGGAUUUAUCAUUCAAGAAAGGCGAAAUUCUUGAGGUCAACACAGAAGAUUUGGAAGCUGACUGGUGGAGAGCAAAAUCAAAAGAAACGGGAGCUGAGGGUUUUAUUCCAAGCAAUUAUGUGGCCCCAUUAGAAGCAUUGGAGGCUGAAGCAUGGUACUUUGGUCAAAUAAAGAGACCAGAGGCUGAAAAGGCUCUCCAGUCCCCACCAAAUGAGGAUGGCGCCUUUUUGAUCAGAGACAGCAGUAAAGGGCUUUUUGCCUUGUCAAUGAGAGAUGGAGAUCAGAUCAAGCACUAUCGUAUUCGCAAGAGUGAUGAAGGAGGUUUCUUUAUUGCACGUGCCAAUGUAUUUAAUUCUCUGAAAGAGUUGGUUACCCAUUAUGGAGAAAAGUCUGAUGGUCUUUGUGGAUUGUUGAGAAAACCUUGUGAAAGGACUGAGAAGCCACAAACUGUUGGUCUGUCCUACAAUACAGCUGACCAAUGGGAAGUGGCCAGAGAGUCAUUGCAGUUGAUGCAAAGGCUUGGUGCUGGUAACUUCGGUGAAGUAUGGAAAGGAUUAUGGAAUGGAACUACACCUGUAGCAAUAAAAACACUUAAAGAAGGAACAAUGAAACCUGAAGCUUUCUUGGCAGAAGCAGAACUAAUGAAAAAGCUCAUCCACCCCAAACUUGUUCAGCUUUAUGCUGUUUGCUCUCGUGAUGAACCCAUCUACAUUGUCACUGAGCUCAUGACAAAGGGGAGUCUAUUGGAUCAUUUAAGAAGCGAAGAAGGUCGACUGCUACCGAUACCAACCCUUGUUGACAUGGGAGCACAAAUAGCUGAGGGAAUGGCUUUCUUGGAGAAGUUUGGCUUUGUGCACAGAGAUCUUGCUGCAAGGAAUAUUCUUGUUGGAGAUAAUAAUAUUGUUAAAGUAGCAGACUUUGGUCUUUCACGGUUGAUUGAUGAAGAUAUCUAUUGUGCACAAGAGGGAGCAAGGUUCCCAAUCAAGUGGACUGCUCCUGAAGCUUGUCUCAAGGGACAGUUUUCAAUAAAAUCUGAUGUUUGGUCAUUUGGAAUUCUGUUGACAGAAUUGGUCACAUAUGGACGUAUUCCUUAUCCAGGAAUGGCAAACAGAGAGGUUGUAGAGCAAGUAGAUAGAGGUUAUCGGAUGCCCAAACCUUCUCAAUGUCCCAGCAGGCUUUAUGACAUUAUGAAAGACUGCUGGAAGAAGGACGAACACACCAGACCAACCUUUGAAACCCUGCAGUGGCAAUUGGAAGAGUUUUAUCAGAACGAUCCUUCCCAAUAUAAAGAGUUAGAUAAGUGAUUGAUAGAUAAACAUAGUAUAUUUUGACACUCUCUUAACAGUAGUUUUACAUUGUCACAGCUAAAGCCUUUAGAAUAUGUUCAUGAUGAAUGCAUAAGGGGACAGAUAUUGACAUUAUUCAGUCUUAAAAGAUUUAAUGAUUAAGUUUGACAUUUUUGUGGAUGCUUUUGGAAGGAUUGGUAACCUUUUGUUCUGUCUCAUCAAGUUAUGUCAGUCCUCUAAUGGCUGUAAAUUCAAGAGCACCACAAUCAUUUUUUUAUUUCUAUACAUUGCUAUAAUAUUGUUUUUUUCAUUCAAGCAUUUUUUUCCUAUUCUUACGAACGAAAAUGAAAAUUGUAGUUGACAUUCAAGAUUUUUUUGUUAAAAAAGUAGAUGAUCAAUUAAAUGUAUUUUUUUUUUGCAAAAUAGCAAUAAUUCUCUCCUUUUAUGGAUAUUUUGAUGACAUUCAUCAUGACAGCAAAAAAAGAAACAAAAUUGAAACAAAAUAUUUUGAAACAUAAUUGAUUAUUCCUUUGACUCAAGAAAAAUUAUUGUAUAUAUUUCCUGGCAAUUAGUUGAGUUUACCCACAACUGGUUUGCAUUUAGUUCUAUUGAAAGCAAUGCAGUACUAGUUUUCAGAGUGUUUCCUUAAUUCAAAUUUCCAUGAAUGGUUAAUUAUCGCAGCAGGUUUCAUAAUUUGUGGUUUUAUGUCAAUUGUCUCACUCUCAAUCUUUCUAUCAAGAGCUUUAAAUCAUCUGAGGAGCUGAAGUCUCUUGUCAUGACUUUAUAUUAUGAAUUUUCUCUGUGACAUUACAAACACGUUGUUUGUAAUAAUUCUAAGUAUAGAAUAAUGUUUAUACUACUAAUAGAUGUCCACCAAAAAGUCCGCAGAACAAUACCUUUUGUGUAGACUUUGUCCACUGACCAAACAUCUCAAGCAUAGUUCAAUCUGAUUGAUAGCAAACUAAAAUCAUACGAUUUUGAUUUAAUUCCCAAAAUUUGCAUAAAGUCUGUUGAUAAUUCAGCAAAGCCUAGACUCUCUGCACUUCUAUUUUAUCCAUCCCAUUACCCCCAGCCUUGGCUAGAAGCCUACUUUUUUGUGCAAGUUUUGUCUAUUACUGUAGUAAGUUGUAGAUAAUUCUUUUACUAGAAUUCUUGAAUCAUUUACCAAAAUAUCAGCAUCUAUCAUAUCCUUAUUAGCAAAGAUUGCUAAAUUCUCUUGUCAAAUAGGUAAUAUUUGUAGUAUGGAGGAAAACUCUAGAAAAUACUGACAUAGUUUUGCAUUUAUAUGUUUAUAUUAUUAUUUCACUGCAGAAUAGCAAUAUAAGAGAAAUAUAAGGCCCAGUUUACAUGGAGAUGAAGUGACUGUACUUGAGGUUACGCGACCAGAAGAGUAUCCUUACUCUGUUGUUUUGGUUGGAAAGGGUUCUCACAAAUUAAUGGUCUUGGUGGUCUUAGCUAUCAUUAUUAAGGACAACACCUUAAUAAGCAACACCUUAAUAAGACAUCCAGAUAUCACUAGAAGAAGAAAGCUUAGUGAACAUUCAUGGUACUAAUCCUACCCUCAGUACUUUUGACUCUUCUGGUAGUGUGACCCUCAUUGUAAAGUAACUAUCUCCACAUAAACAGGGAAUCAAUCGUAACUUCCAAUCAGUUUAAUAUACUUUACUUGCUUAGAAAUGACAGAAAUAUGUCAUAAUUAUUAAUUUGGGUUUUAUAGAAUUAUUGAAAAACACAAAUGAAUGCAGAUAGUGUGGAUCAUAUGUGGAAGACUAUAUAGCCAGAAGACCUCAUUGGAGGUAGAGUCUAUUGUGGUGACAAACAAUGGAAUUUAGCUCCCAUGAAAGAGAGCAAGAAGUCUUAUAAUAAGACUUGUACAAAGUGACUACAAUCCAAUCCAUGGAUUAUAUGGAUAUUGUAGGUUUGGACACAAUAGUGUUUCUAUAGCAGAUGCUUAUCUAGGAGAAGUUGUACAAGUCUGGUAUAGGAUAUAUUUUCUUUAAUUAGUCACUCAUCCACUACUUGAUCCACCCAAAAGAAAGAAUCUCUUAAAUAUAAGGGGGGAAGUUAAUGGCUUUGCUCAUUGGAGUGAUGUGUUUAGGCCAAUAGAAUUUUGCAAAACAAAUGCCAUUAUAAUAAUCACAGCUCUAAUUAACAAAGGUAGUUGUAAAUUUAGCUUAAUUCACUCACAAUAAUACUUUGUAGUUACUAGGGCUGAAACACUCAAUUCCAUGUAAUAAGGUAAAGUUGCCAACAAAAUACGUUAUAUUUAGUAAAGACAUUUUUAACAGCUUGUGUGCAGCCAAAACAAGAAAAGGCAAUAAAGAAAACCCUCACAACAAAACCAGUCUAUUACUAAAAUUCUGAAAGCACUUAUUGACUUUAGUUUCAUGGAUAUUGUGUGUUUCACUCUACUGCUGGUAAAUGAUAAUGAAUAAAAGCCGUUGGUAUUUUUAUAUUAAAUUUUAGAUUUGUAAAUAAAGCUUUGUAUUAAUUAUC